CAGUAUGCACUAGUAUUCAAAACUACUUAGAUUCGUAAAUAAAUAGGCAAUAUUAAAAGAACGCAUUAAAAUAAAUAAGGUUAAUAAUAAUUAAUGUUUUAAAGACUAGAUGAUAUUGUAGUAACAUCCCUUGGUGGAUUUUUUGUAACGAAAUUAUAUUAUUAGAUAUAUGUACUACGUUGGUUAUAGGUAUUAGCGGUAUCUACUUUCUUUUUUUAUUAUCUUUGACAUGUUUUUCAAAACUAUAUAGUAAAAUUUGUAUAUUAGACAUAUAACAUUUAUAAGUGUUCAAGUGCUGAUACUUGCUAGUCUGUGACCUGUGUUACGAAUCAUGUAUAAAAUGAAGAGAGAAGAAAGAUGAAAGAAUUUGAAAUACAUAUUCCUUGUUAUCAAUUGUAUAUUGAAGUCGUUUUAUAAAAAUGAAGUCCACGUGUAAUAGUGCUGGACGACCUAACAAUAAAAAUGCUAUUAAGUUUAGUGAGCAACCUAGAUCAACUGUGUCGCUGUUUCUUCUUAACGAACGACAAAUUAAAUUUCAUAAAAAAGAUGCAUGUAUUUCCAAGACAUUGCCUGUAACAAUCAAUCCAGAAAAUAUAUAUCAUGACGAAGUAAUACAAAAUCUCGAAAAACCAGGAAAAUUAUGUUUUGUAGAAUGUAAUAUAGACGUAGAUGAUAAGUUAAAACCUUUAGAGGAACCUGUCUCUAGUAUAAUAAAUGCUUCCUCUAAAUUUAAAAACAUUCCAUCCAUUGAAAUAAACAACACUCAAAUUUUUGAAUUAAAUAAAAAUCUAGUUGAAGGACAGAUAAGCCAUGGAAUGAAAGGUAUUAUUGUGGGAGGCAUGAAAUUAUUUUCAUGUUCAUAUCCAACAUGUACAUAUAAUACAAACAAUUCAUCUAAUAUGUCCAAACAUAGGAGAACACAUUCUCAAAAUAAGCUUUAUCUGUGUGAUCAAUGUACAUUUUGUACCAAAUUUUCAAAUUCUCUUAAUGUACACAAGCGUCUUCAUACACAAGAAAAACCGUUUGCAUGUCAGAAUUGUGACUAUAAAUGCAAUAGCAGUUCUAAUUUAAAAAAACAUGUCAAUCAUAGACAUUCUACUCAGUAUAUUCAACCAACUUCUUCCAGUAAAAAUAUUUAAGUCUAUUGCAUAAUUUGUUACUUGCAAAUCGUUAAUAAUUCGACAGUAAAGAACUGGUAAGUCUUCUAAUUUAUUAUAUACCUUGUUAAUCUUUAUUUAAAACAAUUUGUAUAAUAUAAAGGGCUCUCAAGAUCUGCAUACCAUGCAUUCAAAUUUAACUUUACUAAUAUAUGUAAUACCCUUACUUUUUUCCUUAAAUAUAGUAUUACACAGUAGUGUAAACUCCCAUGUUAUGUUCCUAUAAUGUGAAAAUUACCAAACUUAAGUUGUUGGUAUACCUUGUUGUCUGAUGAUAACACCAGAUAAUGAGCAUAGUUUACCCUGUAUAUAGCAGCUAUUAACCCUUAUAAAUUAUUCUUAAACUAUGCUUCUACCAGUGGGCUAUUGUGAAAAGUUAUUUUUUUUCUAUGAUUUUAAUUAAUUAUGUUACUUUUUACAACAACUUUAUCAUAUUACAUUUUACCAUUACCCAUUUAUCUAGUGUUCAUUUGUAUAUAUAUAUUUUUACUUAAGUGAAAAAAAAGUAAGUGAAGUAAAAAUAAAAAAUAAAUGUUAAUUUCAAAGCCUUUAUUCUAAAUACCUAUAACAUUUAGUAAUAACUGGUAUAAAUCACCCAAAAAGGCUUUCUUAUUGUAUACAUAAUAUUUUGAGUUCUGUAGCGAGGUUUUAAAAAUAAAAAUAGUAAUACUACAUAGGUAUUUCUUACUAUAUUAUGUCAGUGACAAUGUUCUGUGAAGUCCACAACAACAGAUUCACGCCAACCAAAUAAAAAGUAUCCAGUUGCAGAUCCUAGCACAACAGCUGCACAUAGCCAUGUAUUAUAUGUCAUGAACACCAACAUUAACAUAUAGCUUACAAGUACUUGAAAACCAUGAAGUACUGUUUGCCAAGCAUGUGCUGUACUCAUCAUAGAUGGACUGAAAAAUUUAAUUGUUAUUAGUGUAUUAUCCUCCAAAUUUGAAGGAUUUAAGAUUAUAUAGAUUUGUGAAAUCUAAACUCCAGAAUAAGAAAUGGAGCCAGGAAGAAUAGAUUUAUAAAUAUAAUCAUGUAUAGUACAGUUAUGGUAGUAUGAUGCGGAGGUUUUAAUUAAACGAAAUAUUACUUACACAUUCCUGUCUAGUGCAUGUGAAACCGGCCUGAAACCAAAUAAGAAAAGUAGUAAUGAUGUUAAUUACAAUAGAAAUAUUUAUUUACUGAUAUAUAACUUACUGGAUAACUUGUGGCUCAUCUGGAUUACAAAUAUUUGCUACUCCCUUGUCUGGUGGAGCAACAGCACAAUAUUGAAGCCCUGUAUAAGUUUUCCAUAGUAAAUGUUUUCUGUAGUACUUGAGCCUAUAAAAUAAUAAACAAUUCUUUAAGA